GAAAGAUAUUAGUCGCGAGACUGACCGUGGCCGCGAGAUCUUUGUGAGAUCGGACGACCUGGCCGGGUCGUCGUCCUCGGCAACCGUAUGAUCUGGGUUCUGGCUGGAGAUUCACCGCAUGAUCGGCAAGUAGCUUCUCUUAUUCGAUUUGCGCCCAAUAAGAGGAGCCUUACCUGCCUGCCGCCUCCACUCCUUCUCCAUCUCCAUUGCUGAAGGCUCUGCCAUCCAUCAGCCAUGGGGACCCAAGCACCAGAGAGCUAUUCUCCUGCGAAGGAUGGCAAGACUGCACAGGAGAAGGCGAUCGAGGACUGGCUUCCUAUCAACGGGUCCAGGAACGCCAAGUGGUGGUACUCCGCCUUCCACAAUGUCACCGCCAUGGUCGGCGCCGGCGUCCUCGGCCUCCCCUACGCCAUGUCCGAGCUCGGCUGGGGCCCUGGCAUCGCUGUGAUGAUCUUGUCAUGGAUCAUCACGCUGUACACGCUGUGGCAGAUGGUGGAGAUGCACGAGAUGGUGCCAGGGAAGCGGUUCGACCGGUACCACGAGCUCGGGCAGCACGUCUUCGGCGAGAAGCUGGGCCUCUGGAUCGUCGUGCCGCAGCAGCUGGUGGUGGAGGUGAGCCUCAACAUCAUCUACAUGGUCACCGGCGGCCAGUCCCUCAAGAAGUUCCACGACGUCAUCUGCGACGGCAAGUGCAAGGACAUCAAGCUCUCCUACUUCAUCAUGAUCUUUGCCUCCGUCCACUUCGUCCUCUCCCAGCUCCCCAACUUCAACUCCAUCUCCGCCGUCUCCCUCGCUGCUGCCAUCAUGUCAAUCAGUUACUCGACUAUUGCGUGGGGAGCAUCCUUGGACAAGGGGAGGGAGGCGAACGUGGACUAUGGCCUGCGCGCGACUACGACACCAGGGAAGGUGUUCGGCAUCCUAGGCGGUCUAGGUGAUGUGGCAUUUGCAUAUUCAGGGCACAACGUGGUGCUGGAGAUUCAGGCUACCAUCCCUUCGACACCGGAGAAGCCAUCUAAGCAUGCCAUGUGGAAGGGCGCGCUCGUUGCCUACAUAAUUGUAGCAAUGUGCUACUUCCCUGUCACAUUCGUUGGGUACUGGGCCUUCGGCAACAGUGUCGACGACAACAUCCUCAUCACACUUAACAAGCCUAAGUGGCUCAUUGCCGCCGCUAACAUGUUUGUUGUUGUCCAUGUCAUUGGCAGUUACCAGGUUUACGCAAUGCCGGUAUUCGACAUGAUGGAGUCAGUGCUGGUGAAAAAGCUGCGGUUCGCUCCAAGCCUAAGACUUCGUCUUGUUUCACGCACUUUCUAUGUUGCGUUCACAAUGUUCAUUGGUAUCAGCUUCCCCUUCUUUGGUGGAUUGCUCAGUUUCUUUGGUGGAUUAGCCUUCGCACCGACAACUUAUUUUCUUCCCUGCAUCAUGUGGCUCGCAGUCUACAAGCCCAAAAGAUUCGGCCUCUCAUGGUUCACCAACUGGAUCUGCAUUGUCAUCGGAGUGCUGCUGCUGGUGUUGUCGCCGAUUGGAGGGCUCCGGCAGAUCAUUUUGACAGCCAAGACAUACAAAUUCUACCAGUAAAUAUGAUUAACUGGGGAUGUAUGCAUGGGAAGAUGCAAAGGCCUGAACACUUUCCAUUAUCUAUAAUAAUAAGUAAAUAUAGUCAGUUCAACAUAUAUCAGCUAGGAAUGCCGUGGUAUCAAAUCAAAACUUGAUCCAGUCGAUGAUGGACCGAAAAGCGGUUCUGAUAAUUUAGGCUUGGGGGUCGUUUUCAGUUAAUUAAUAGACAUAUGCCGUGUUUCUCUAUUUUCUAGGGUGGAUUGGCAUUUAUGUGCAAGAGGGAGAGUGAAUGCUAGUGGUUGGUAUUUCUUUCAUCCACAGCUUACUGUAUCUUUGAGACUUUGAAGUUGGGACCAUAUUGAAAGAGCGACCUAUAUUAUGAUUUAUGAUGAUGUUUUCGACUUGUAGCUUUCA